AUGUUUGAUUGCUGGUUCGGCUUCCACCCGGGCUGGUUCAAGUUCGAUCCGGCCGGUUCAAUGGCCACCACGUUCGACAGAGGCUGGGUUUGGUGCUGCAUUAGUGCUGCGUUGGUGGGUAGCAGUGCUGCGCUGGUGGUGGGGAGUAGUGCUACGUUGGUGGGUAGUAGUAGUGCUGCGUUGGUGGGUAGUAGUGCUGCGUUGGUGGGUAGUAGUAGUGCUGUGUUGGUGGGUAGUAGUGCUGCGAUGUCUCUGCCGUCCAACAACCUGAAUGGUGCCAUUCCUGAGUCCAUUGGCAAGCUUUCAAAUCUUCGCGUCUUAGAUUUGACGUACAACAGCUUGAGUGGCUCAAUUCCUGAGUCCUUUGGGAAGCUUGCAAAUCUUCGUGAUGUUGACCUUAGUUACAACAAAAUAAAUGGCUCAAUUCCUGCCUCCCUUGGGAAACUCACCCAACUGGUUCGCUUGUGA